AAAGUCAAUCCUUACUAGUGAAUAGAACAUUCCCUCGCCAAAUACUUGCCCGGAUGAUCGUCAUCAGGGCAGGAUGAUGCCAUACUCCAAAUCUGCACUCUCCACAUUUCAAUCAGCGAAGAGUCUUAGAAUGGUAUCGGCCGCAAAACCAGUGCGCCGAGAAUAUCUCCUAGCCCUAUCAGCUGGUCUCUAUAUUUUGCUUUGCUUAAGCGUAACGGUGGAUUGUGUAUACCUCGUUAAUAUAGCGACUGCGUACUUACAGCCGUACCACGUCUAUUCAUCCAGUUCAAUCGUCCUGGCGAGAAACAUUGACAAAUCCCAAUCCUUCACAAUAAACCUGUCCAACAGCCAAAUAUGCGCACCCCCAACGUUAUCCUCCCCAUUCUACCCCUGACCAUUAUGGCAAUGCCCUCUACCAUUCGAAUCACCUAGAUAAACGAUCCAUAACCUGUCUGAAAGUCGGCCAAACAGCAACAGAAACCUGGACCAACAGUGCCG